AUCCCCAAAGUAAGUCGGCGGAGAAACCCUAAAACUGUAAACUCCCAAAAUAUUUAAACACAGCCGGCAAAAACCAUCUUGUUUUCAUCACCAUUUGAGAAAUUUCACCGAUAAUCCAUUUCCCUGCUACCGCCGAUUGCUUCUGGAGCUCGUAUUUCCUGGGGACGAAAAUGGGGCAGGAUAAAUUGUUGGUGAUCACGGAUCAAGUCGCUGUGUCGAUUUCCGCAAUAUCCAAUGCUAUUAAGAAGCUGAGAAAGGAAGAAGUUGUAGAGGUGGAUCCUUUGAUCAUCACUCAAGCUACCUCAGACAGUCUAACAUCACUGGAGUCUUCAUCAAUAAAUGAUGUUGUAUCUCUCUGUAAAACAUUGGAGUUUCCUAGUGAUCAGUUGCUUGGGAAUAUCUCAAGAGUUUUAAAACCUGGAGGAACUCUCCUUUUUUAUUUGGAUUCCCAAACUGCUGUGGAACAAAUGAAAAACUCUUCUCUGGAACGCGAUUUGUUUCUUGCUGGAUUCCUGGACAUAGAUAGGGAAUCUUUUGGGGUAAAGUGUAAGAAGCCUUCAUGGAAGAUUGGAUCUUCAUUUGCCCUAAAAAAGACUUCCCAAGUUCUACCAAAAGUUCAAAUUAAUGAUGAUGAGGAUUUGAUUGAUGAGGAUAGUCUUCUUACUGAAGAGGAUUUGAAAAAACCCCAAUUGCCCUCGAGUGAUUGUGAAGUUGGAAUCACAAGGAAAGCUUGCAAAAACUGCACUUGUGGAAGAGCUGAAGAGGAGGAAAAAGUGAAGCUUGGGCUUACUAUGGACCAGAUUAACAAUCCUCAAUCUGCUUGUGGAAAUUGUGGUCUUGGUGAUGCUUUUCGGUGUUCUACAUGCCCUUACAAGGGUCUUCCAAAAUUUAAGCUUGGCGAAAAGGUUGCGUUGUCCGGAAACUUCCUUGCUUCCGACAUUUAACCAUGAAGAGGCUGGAAUGAGGAUCAUGUUGGUAUACAAGUGUUUUUGGUUCAUUACUAAUUGUUCAUGUGAUUGUCUGCUGUGGAUUAGAUUGAAUGAACCGUGGUCCUCUUUAGGGUUUUGUUAAGAAAUUUUUUCUUGAGCAUGUUUUUGAGUAAUAGAGUAGCUUCGAAUUAAGCAGGCUUUGUCUUGUAUGACUUGGAUUUUUAAUGAUGUUUUUGUCAUCGAUUUUGAUUCUA